AAAUAAAUCUCCUAGUUGACAAUUCUCCUUGACGCAGUUACAGUUAAGACUUUUCUGCUCCGCGUUGCACAGAGAGAGCAGUGCAGAAAUGGCGUUGACAAGACAAGCUCUCUCUCUUGGCAUGAUUGUGACUUCAGCUCUAAUGAUAUGGAAGGCAUUGAUGUGCAUAACUGGUUGUGAGUCGCCUGUUGUAGUUGUUCUCACUGGAAGUAUGGAGCCCGGUUUUAAACGAGGUGACAUAUUGUUCUUGCAUACGAGCAAGGAUCCUAUUCGGACGGGAGAGAUUGUUGUGUUUAAUGUAGAAGGACGUGAUAUUCCAAUUGUCCAUCGAGUAAUUGAGGUCCAUGAGAGACAAGAUACCAGAGAUGUUGAUAUCCUCACAAAAGGAGACAGCAAUGACCAGGAUGAUAGGUUUCUAUAUACUUAUGGUCAGCAUUGGUUGAGCCCCCAACAUAUCAUGGGGAGAGCCAUUGGGUUCUUGCCUUAUGUUGGCUGGGUGACAAUUAUCAUGACUGAGAAGCCUCUCAUCAAGUACAUACUUCUAAGCGCCUUGGGGUUGCUGGUUAUUACCUCAAAAGAUUAGGGAAACAAGUCUUCAAGGCGAGUUAGGUACUGUAUAAGCAUUCUGAAACAGUCGAUCUCAAAAAUUUUGUAAUAUUUAAAGAGCACAGAUCACGUUUGUUAUGCUGUUCUCAGUUGAUGGAACAUAUUUAGGAGGCUAUUAGCUAAGAAGACACUGUUGAUGCUAAAUAUAAUAUGCGACUUUGGAAAACUUACUCUUUACCUACAUAAAACUGAUAAAACUGAGUAUUUGAGAUGA